GGGGCGUCAUUCUCAACAACUUCCGUCAUUUGUCGGGGCAUGUUUGUUUAAAAGUUGUUAAAGCAGAUGCAGCUCGUAAACAAAGUUUUUCGUCCUGGAAACACGUCGCUAAAAGAAGAAGUCGAGGAAGCGGUUCCUGUGGUCCUGCUGCACCAUCAUGCUUUCCACAGCCACCAGAAACUUUGUGGAGGAGGUGGAUCGUGGUGGGUUGUUGGUCCCAGUUUGCAGUCUCAAUGACACUAUUAACCUUCUGACAGUGGUGGUGAAGCGAAAGCGUAAAUGGGUCUGGCAGAAGCCCAGGUAUCUUCCCACUGACUUUAGCCUCAAUGAUAUACUGAAAGGAGAUCCACCCAUAAAACCAGCUGUCACAGAGACAGACUUCAUCAAGUACAACGGGACAUUCGGGGGCAACCUUCAGGCGAGCGUGGAUGCAAGUUUUGAACAUUCCACUGUGAAAAUACAGGGCAAAGAGUCUUCCAAACUGCAGUCAUCCUUUGGUAGUUUGAAGAAACAAGAAGUGGACGUACCGUCGCUCCUUCGAGAUACCAACGACAGGAUGCUGGACAUGUCCCACUGUCUGAUCCAGCAGAUGAAGGAGAAGCAGAGGCAAGUGUUUGGUGUUGUGAAGGAGCGUAUUGUGACCACACAGCCCUGUUCUGUCAUAGAGGACAUGCAGCUGGGAGGACAGUGUGGAGGAGGUCUGACCUGCGGGCCCAAGAUCACUAAGAUUUCCUUGAAAGAAAAUGGAAGCCUGAACAAUGACAGUAAUGUUACCAUGGAGAUACCCCCUCACACUACCAUCGCCUAUGGCCUCGUCGAACUGGAGGUCAAAGCUUGUGGACGGUUUGAGCUGUGCGUGAUGUCGGGUAUAAGUGGGGGUUUUGAGGUUGAUGGAUCUGCAAAGGAAGUGGGCGUGAGUGCCGUGGAUGCUGGUGUGCAUGCAUCUGAAGAUAGCUGUGUUACACAUGAACUGGAGCAGCUCAAUCAUCAUUUCCAGCUGCUCUCAGACCUUCCGGCCUCCACGCGCUCCUCUCUACUCUGUCAGCUUACGAUGCUUAUGGAGGAGCAAGGAGCCAUUAGUGCGCUACAGAAUGUGCUGGAACGAAUGUGCCUGAGUCCGAGUGCUGCACCGGUUGACGUUAACGUGGUGUCCGAGAAACAAAGGUUCAAGGACUUUUUGAAUCUUGUGGAGUCGGCUGAGCCAGACCUGUCGGUUCUCGGGGCCGUGCACCUCCUCACGAGUGCUUUGGAUGAAAUGACAAGCGAUGGUCUUGCUGUUUUGGCCAAGUGCUGUCGUCCAUCUGUCUUACAGAUCCUGGAGCUCCUGGUGCAGUGUGCGGUGGGAAAAGGACAGAAGCCUGUGAGCAGCACUGUGCUGACAGACCAUGACUCUGGGAUGAUCGAACAUCUGUUGGUCUCCUCUAACAUGUCCCUGAAGAGAGACGGGGACACAGUGAAGACAGAAAUACACCAGCAGCCAGGAAACCUUCAUCUAGUCUGCUGCAUCGCUGUCAGAGGUCUUAGCACAUUGGCACAGUGAACUUGAAAGACUACGGUGACCAAGAGAGGGCACAACAGUAGCAAAUGUGGAAAACACCUGCAGCAGUUUGGCAACAGGU